CUUACAGCGCCGGCAGUAAACAGCGCCGCUGAGAUUGUCACCUGCGUCCACUCCGCUUGCUGCUGCUUUUGUCUCUGGCCGGAGGAUUUGACUGCGGGGAACCGGGAGAACCCGGGCGGAGAAUGGAAACAUUGACAUUCAAGGAUGUAGCCAUAGAAUUCUCUCAGGAGGAGUGGGAAUGCCUAGACCAGGAUGAGAAGAAUCUAUACAGGGAUGUGAUGUUCCAGAAUUAUAGACACCUGGUCUCCUUGGGUCUUGCUGUACAUAAACCAGGGUUGGUCAUCUUUCUGGAACAAAAGGAGCUUUGGGAUUUACGGAGCAAGACAGCCGUUUACCCAGAGAUCUCAUCUUGUGAUGAUCAAAUAUUGUUGCGCAAGGCAGGCACAGAAAAUUCAUUACUAAAAGUUCCGUCAGGGAGAUAUGGAGGCCACAGCUUUGAGAAAUCACACCUGAAUAGUGACUGGGAAUGUAAAGGGGGAUCUGACUUGUGGAACAGUUGUUACCAUGAACCUAACCAAUCUGUGUCACUCACCCACAGUACUGCCAAGAAAGUACAAGUACAUAAGACAUCCCGGCCAAAACUCCCCCUCAGCUCCGUUUGUUUGGCAAAUCAACGGGCUCAUGCCAGCCAGGGCCCACGUGAUGCGUUUCAAUGUACAUAUUCCGUGAAAGGAAAUGUGGAACAUCUUGAGAGUUACCGUGUCAGUGCUGCAUAUGGUGACUUGAACCGUUCUGAGUAUGGGGGUGAGUCGAAUGCUCAUCCCAGCGUACCUGAAAAAGAGUGUGUCAGGAAUGAAGAUAAGAAUUCCAUAGAUGGUCCGCUCUCUGAGAAGCCUUCAAAACGCACUCAGCAUCAGCGUCGUCGUGGUGGUGGUGGUGGUGGUGGUCUCGAGAAACCAUUCAAAUGUAAAGAAUGUGGCAAAGCCUUUAGUCGGCAGUCCUAUCUUACAGAGCACCUCCGAAUUCAUACUGGAGAGAAACCCUACAAAUGUAAUCUAUGCGACAAAGAUUUUAAGUGGCAUUCCCAUUUCACUCAACACCUCAGAAUCCACACAGGAGAGAAACCUUACAAAUGUACAGAAUGCGGCAAAGCUUUUAACUGGCGCUCUUGUCUCCUUAAACACCUGAGGAUUCAUACGGGAGAGAAACCUUUCAUAUGCAAAGAAUGCGGCAAAGCCUUUAAUUGGCAUUCAGGGCUUUCUGAGCACCUGAGAAUGCACAGCGGGGUGAAGCCUUAUAAGUGUAAGGAAUGUGGCAAAGCCUUUAGUCGUCAUUCAUAUCUUACAGACCAUCUGCGGAUUCACACAAGAGAGAAACCUUACAAAUGUAAGAUAUGUGGCAAAGACUUUAACUGGUAUUCGGGUCUUUCUGAGCAUGUGAGAGUUCAUACAGGAGAGAAACCGUACAAGUGUAAAGUAUGUGGGAAAGCCUUCACAUGGCAUUCACAUCUGACGCAGCACCUGAGAAUUCACACUGGAGAAAAACCUUACAAAUGCAAAGAGUGUGGAAAAGAUUUUAAUCAGCGCUCCUGUCUCGUCCAGCACUUCAGAAUUCACACAGGAGAGAAACCUUACAAGUGUAAAGAAUGCGGCAAAGAUUUCAACCAGCAUUCCUACUUUUCGGAACAUCUCAGAAUUCACACUGGAGAAAAGCCUUACAAAUGUAAAGACUGCGGGAAAGAUUUCACCCAGCGGUCGUAUCUUACUCAGCACACGAGAAUCCACACCGGAGAAAAACCUUACAAAUGUAAAGACUGCGGCAAAGCCUUUAAGCAGCGUGCCUGCCUUUAUAAACAUCUGCGUAUCCAUACAGGAGAGAAACCUUACAAAUGCCAAGAAUGUGGCAAAGAGUUCACUCAGCGCUCGUAUCUUUCCCAACAUCUGAGAAUUCAUACCGGUGAGAAACCUUACAAGUGUAAAGAAUGCGGGAAAGUCUUUAAUCAGAGGUCCUGUCUUUCCCAACAUCUGAAAAUCCAUAUGGCCGAGAAACCUUAUAAGUGUCACGAGUGUGGCAAGGACUUUACUCAACGCUCGUAUCUUUCUCAACAUAUAAGAAUUCAUACUGGGGAGAAACCUUACACAUGUAAAGUAUGUAGCAAAGCCUUUAAGCAGCAUUCACAUCUAACUAAGCACCUGAAAGUUCAUUCUUGACAGUAUAUAAUCUUAUCGAUGCAGAGAGAGCCACAAAGCUUUUUGCUCCUUGCUAAAACCAUACUCUUUUCAGAUAACUCUGAAGAGAAUUUUUAACAUUAAAAAAAAAAUCAUAAGAGUCAGGCAGUAAGUAGCGCAGCGGGUUAAGCGCAGGUGGCACAAAGUUCAAGGACCGGUGGAAGGUGGAAGGAUCCCGGUUUGAGCCCCCUGAUCCCCAUCUGCAGGGGAAUCGCUUCACAGGUGGUGAAGCAGGUCUGCAGGUGUCUAUCUUUCUCUCCCCCUCCUCUCCAUUUCUCUCUGUCCUAUCUAACAGUAACUACAACAAUAACAAGAAUAAUAACUACAACAAUAAAACAAGGGCAACAAAAGGGAAUAAAUAAAUACUUAAAAAAUAAUAAAAUCAUAAAGGCGUUAAUAGAAGCUUUGCCCUUGUAUUCAUCAUAGACUACAGAUCAGAGAGAAGUCAUGCAAACGUGGCUCACUUUUAUACAGAAUACACAGUUUGAAAAACAAAACAAAAACAAUCAGCAUGCAUACCAGAAAGAAACUUAGAGAUGUAAAAAAUAUCCAAACGUUGUUAUUUAGAACUUAAAUAUGAAUAUACAUCAGAGCACUUUUUGUAGAACAAGUCUGUAACAUUUUUCAAAUAUUCUAAAUCAGGGUUUUGUUUUAUUUUUUAAUAGAUUACAAUACAAGUGUAAGAAGUAUGUAUGAAAGAAUCAAGAGUAUGUGUUUUGUGGUCUGGGAAUUGGCACUGCGGAUAAAGAACUGGACUCUCAAGUAUGAGGUUUUGAGUUCAAUCCCUGGCAGCACAUGUACCA